CUCUCUUCUCCGUUUCCUCAUCCACUCUCCAGUCUCCAUUGGUACAACUCCCCGCCCCCGGUCUUCAUUUUUACUGGCAAAGCAACCGAACCCGCCCGGCCGCCCGCUCCUACAGGGAUGCUGCUCCCUACACUCUUUGGCGGCUACCUCACCGCCUCCCCACCAUCCUUACCAGCCCCAACGGCAACAGCGACCCGGAGCACACGACUCCCCUCUCGCCUCAGGCCCUCCUCCCGCCUCGUCGCCCGCCGAAGCGCCGCAGGUCCCGGGGAGACGGUACACGCAACGGCCGCAGAGGAGGAGGAGCAGGAGUUGAAAGAGCUCGAGGAGGAAGGGCUCCCCAGGAGGGGGCAGUAUGGGGAGCAGGAUGACCACGACCAUGACCCCGAGAUUGCCGACAUUAUGGGUGACUACUUCGACGACCCAAAGAAAGCCCAGUCACGUAUGGAGGAGAGGAUAAAGACGAAGCGGCACAAGAUCGUGCAGGCCAAGACCGGCUCACCCAAUCCCAUGAAGGUCGUCUUCAACAAAUUUGAUUUCUCCAAUUCGUACAUAUGGUUCGAGUUCUACAAUGCUUUAUUGCCAAAAGAUGUGAAGUUAAUUGGUGAUGCUUUGCGAUCAUGGCAUAUAGUUGGUCGCCUUGGUGGGUGCAAUUCUAUGAAUAUGCAGUUAUCGCAGUUGAGCUUAGAUAGUAAAAGGCCAACUUAUGAUGCUCUUGAAGCAGCAAAUGCAACUCCAACAUCCUUUUACAACAUUGGUGAUCUUGAGAUUCAAGAUAAUCUAGCACGUGUCUGGGUAGACAUUGGUAUUCAAGAUCCACUGCUUUUGGACAUCCUGCUGAAUUCAUUAACCACCAUAAAUUCAGAUCAUCUGGGCAUUAAGCAAGUACAGUUUGGAGGGUCAGAGUUCAUGAGCUGGAGCGACAGCCUGAAUACUGAAGAAGCUGGGUGCAGUGUCCACAAGAUUUAGAAAGCAUAUUCCAGCGGUUGUACAAGCAACUACAUUUGCUACAGUGAGAAUCCAACAAUGGAGUUACCGAAGCAUGCUUCACAUGAGCUUGUGCCUUGAGACACUGUUGAUCUUGCAAAUGAAAAGAAAUGGUCACGGCGACACCAUCACUAAGCAUGAAAGAUGUCAAUCUCUGUGCAAAUAACUUGGGUUUGGAAGGGGUCCCAAUUGCUAAUUCAGCGCUGAUGCCACUGGAUACCAAGAACUGGAUCUGAAUACUUGAAACAUCUUGGCCCGGUUCAUGCACUAAAAUGCACAUGGUUCAUCUGUGUUCCUCUAGCUAGAGGAAAUAUAAUGAUGAUUUUAGUAUGGUCGCUGACCAUAGCAUAGCCUGUCAAACAACACCAUGUAAUCCUCUGAACAGAGUCUGAUUCCCAGUUAUUACGUAGGAAUACUAGAUUUGGUUUGGUCUUCGAACA